AACCACCACCCCGAACGACUGUUGAAAAAGACCAAUUUUUCCCUUUGCUUCACGACCACCACGGCCACCACCACAACUACUCAAAAUGACCCUCCUCAAACCCCUCCUCCUAGCCAGCAUCCUGUCCAUCUCUGCCUCCGCCACAGAAUACAACUGCCCCACAGGCUGGCUUCCAAACCAAUUCAAGCAAGAACGCUGCUGUCCCGGCGGGAUGGUCGUCGACGAACAAGGCGCCUACUGCUGCGUCCAGGAUAUGCGGUUCUACAAAGAAGCCCUCACCAACUCGGCGCUUCUAUACGAGACGGCUACCACGACCUCCGACUCAAAUAUGGACUGGACGACGGAAAAAGACAUCAAUUCAUGCUACGCGACGGUGCGGUUCACGGCCAGCGACUACUCGGCGCGGGUCUCCUCCGCCUUGAGUAAAGCGGAGGCUACUCCGACCGAUGGAUCGAGCAGUGAGGCUACGGCCACUGCCUCGAGUUCGACGCGUUCGGGGGCUCGUUCUACGGCGGGAUCGCAGACGGCGACGGCGACGGCGACGGCAACUGAGACUUCGAAUGCGGCAGUCUUGAUUGGGCCCGCUGAGGGUUUGCUUGGUGGUGUGGUGUUUGCUGUUGGGGCUUUUAUGCUGUGAUUGAAUGUGGUGUUCUUGUAUUGGUAUAGGCGAUUUGUCGGUAGACGAUAGGGGUUCCCAAGAGCUUUCCUAAUAUUACAUUAGACAGACCUACGCAGUUGGACGUUACUCUAC